AUGGAAGCAAGGAACGAAUUUGUUGGCGUAAAUGACAUUGUUUGUCUAGCAACGGUUCAAGAAAGCAUUCCCUCACUGGCAUUAAGAUAUGAAACAUGGCAACGCUUGGUACAAGUAACUGCAUGGACCCUAAAGUGGUCACGUUUACAUGGGGAGCCAAAGAAAGGAAAGCUGUCUGCAGAGGAAUUAAAGGAAUCUGAAUUCAUGUGGCUCAGAAACAGACAAAGAGUUGUUUUCCUCCUGGAAAUUGAGGAACUGUGUAACAAGGGACAAGUGAAUCAGAAGAGUAGCAUCGUUAAGUUGGAUCCACAACUUGAUCAAACCAAGAAGCUACUGGUGGUUGGUGGAUGUCUGCAGUUUGCUCAGAUUCCAGAAGCCAAGCAUCAAAUCAUUAUACCACAUGACGACCCAGUUGUUGAGAAAUUGAUUAUGCACUUUCAUGUCAAAGCUUGCCAUGCAGGUCCAGAGAUGACUCUGGCCAUUCUCCGUCAACGUUUCUGGCUCACACAAGGACAACGAGAGGAACCACUCAGGAAGGUGUUGGGGAAAGCUUUUCUCAACUACACAGAAAUGAUGACUGUCCUGACAGACAUAGAAGCCAUUAACUCCUGUCCUCUGAGUUAUGUUGGUUAUGACAUACGAGAUGGGAGAAUCAUUACCCUAGCCUUAUUAGCUAUUGGAAGAGAUUUGGGAAGUCCACCUGAUGCACCACCAAGGAAAGCAGAAGUUUAUUGUCCAUGUUAUGACUUUUAA